GCGAGAUUUACAUUUUUAUUGCAGAACGGCAGAACAGAGUCGGUUACUGUUUGCGUAGAAAUUUUUUCGAUUUUUAACGGUGCCAUAAAUGUUUUAUUGACUCAAUCAUGGACGAAUCAGUCAAAAGUAUUGAAGAUGAAAGCAUCUUAAAAUUGAAAAGAACUAUGAAUAAUCUUUAUUCAAUAUGGGACUUGAUUGGUAUGAAAGAAGAAAAGAAAGCUAUCCGAUGUAAAACAGCCUGGCAGCAUGUCCUUGAACUAUCUCAAGACAUAUUCAAUGAAGAUAAUACAACUUAUAAUAGUCUGUUGCUGCGGGUUAAAGUAUUUUCAGAAGAAAUUUCACAAUUAUCAAAGCAGCUCUCCGUCCCUUGUGGGGAAGAAGUUGAAGGCACUUUACUUGUGAAAGAAGAAAUUUUAAGGAAGAAAGUAAAUGAUUUGAAGGAAAUGAAAGAUGUACGAAUGAAAAAGUUUCAAGAACUUCGUAAUGUGGAACUCAAGUAUUGCAGAAUUUUGGAUUGGUCAGCCUUGGAAAUUACAUCUAAAACUGGAGUCCCUAGCGAGCGGGAUAUCUUAGAGUUGGAAGAGUAUGUAUCUGUUUUGCAAAAAGAAAGAAACUUACGCUUUCAAAGAUUAUGUACUGCAAAAAGAGAACUUACCACUAUUCUAGAAAUAACUGAAAUACAGCCUGAAUUGCCAUUGGAGAAAAAAAUUUUAAGUAGCAGUGAAGAUACCAUUACUCUUACCAAUGAAACAUUUGAAGUUUUGGAUGAAGUGCUGAAGAAAGUGAGAAGCAGGAAAGCAGACUUAGAAAAUCAAAGGAAAAUGUUAUUAAAGAAACUUAAUGAUCUAUGGGAAAGAUUGCAGAUUCCAGAAAAUGAAAGAAAAUUGUUUCUAUCUAAGCAUCAGGAUUAUAAAGUUUCAACUCUGAAGUCUAUCGAAGAUGAAAUCCAAAAUUGUGAAGAGCUGAAGCGACAAAACCUGAAAAAGUACAUUUGUAAUUUAAGAGAAGAGCUGUCAUCACUUUGGAAGGACUGUUUUGCUUCUGAUGAAGAAAAAGAAAACUUUCACCUUUUCAAGUCUGAGGAGUUUACAGAAGAAAACUUAAAAGCACAUGAAAUUGAAGUUGAAAAAUGGCGAAAAUUUUAUGAAAAGAUUGAGAAUAUAAGGAAGAAAAUUGAGAAGCGAAAUCAAUUGUGGGAUUUGCUGACUGUGUUUGAAAAUAAAGCAAACGAUCCAAACAGAUUUAAAAAUCGAAGAGGAAAUCUUUUAAAAGAAGAGAAGGAUCGGAAGAAAUUGGGAGAAGACCUACCUGCCCUUGAAAAUGAAAUAUUUAUCGAUAUUGAAAAUUUUGAAGCUGAAAAUGGGAUUAGCUUUCUCUACCAUGGAGAGAACUAUCGUGAGACAGUUCUCAAGCAGUGGGAAGAAAGAAGAAUGCAAAAAGAAAAUGAGAAGAUAAUGAGACACAAGAAACGUAUGUUACAAGUGGAAAGUGAAGCGACCUUAGGAACUCCCAGUUUAAAGAGAACUCUCUGUGCUACUCCCAGAAACACACCUAGUAAGCUCUUUAAAUCUUCUUCGAGUGUGGCAAUGUGUCGAACUCCCCUUCUGAGUGCAACUAAAAACAGUCCUCGAAUUACCGGCAAGAAAAGUGUCACCAAGCUAUCUUCUGUGAAAAAUUGUCUCUUGUAUGGCACCCAGCAAAGAGCUGUUUUGAAAGAGAAAUCGCAAAACAAUGUUGUGUCAGGAUCAAAAGAUGACACUACUUAUUCCCUUUUUGCUAGUACAGUGGAUAAAUCCUCCAGAUAUCUUUUCCGUAGUUCAGUAUUGACGUCUAAGAAGACUGUUGGCACUCGCAUUUCAAAUGGUAACAAAAAGAAACGUAUUUCAAACAGUAACAAAAAUAAACAAAGAAGUACUAAUAAAUCAUUGCGAAGAUCUACAAGAAAUAAUGUUUCGGCAAAAUUCACCACUCCAGCCAGGGGAAAUCUUGGUUUGCCAUUUCUCAUAUAAGAUUGAUUAGCUUGGAUUUAUUCUUUUUGAUUUUUUAUAUUUCGUGGAAUUGUUUCAAAAAUUUUUAAUUGGAAUUUGAUGAAUACAUUGUCAUAAUUGAGUAUGUUUGUCUAUUGUGAUAAGUGACAUAUAUUGAAUUUAGUUUGCUUAUAAACAUUUUAACAGCAGCUUGUAAAUAAUAUGUGUUGUAGCAUAAGGUUUUGCAAAGAUUGUGUAUAAUUAUCUCCCUGUUCUUUUUUUUAGAAAUCUAAUACAUUAU